UUCAAGAAGGGUUUUCCAAAACUCUCUCAAAGCUUCCCACCAUGGAAGAUAGACUGCGUUUGGCAGUGGGAGUAAUGGGUAACGCCGGCAGCUUGAUGCUCUAUUCUGCACCAAUGUUAACUUUUGCGAGGGUGAUGAAGAAGAAGAGUACAGAAGAGUUCUCAUGCGUUCCGUACAUACUCGCACUGUUCAACUGUUGUCUAUACACGUGGUAUGGCCUGCCGGUGGUUAGUCGCCGGUGGGAAAAUUUUCCGGUGGUCACCAUUAAUGGAGUCGGGAUUGCUUUUGAGAUCUCCUUCAUUCUCAUUUACUUUUGGUUCGCAUCAAAUGCCGGAAAGAAGAAGGUAGCGCUGAUGAUGAUUCCGGUGAUCGGGAUGGUUUUGGCGACCAUGGCGAUAUCCACUUUCAGCUUCCAUGAUCAUCGUCACCGGAAACUGUUCGUCGGCAGCGUUGGACUCGUCGCCUCCGUGUCAAUGUACUCUUCUCCUCUUGUGGUGCUGAAGCGAGUGAUAAAGACAAAGAGCGUGGAAUAUAUGCCAUUCUACUUGUCUUUCUUUUCGUUCUUGACCAGCUCACUUUGGAUGGCUUAUGGGCUGCUGAGCCACGAUCUUGUUCUUGCGAGCCCGAACCUUGUCGGGUGCCCACUGGGCAUGCUGCAGCUUCUGCUCUACUGCAAGUACAGGAACAAGGAUCAGACGGUGGCUGAAGAGCCACAAAACAAAUGGGAUUUAGAAAGAUGUCAUGAUGAAGAUAAAUAGACUAUUAAGCUCGCAGUUCGCACGAGGUUAACUCACUGAUUCAGUAGAUAAUAUUUGGAAGAAUAAUAAAUAGAAAAUUGAAGCAAAACACUUAAUCUUAUUCUCUCAAUUUGUAAUUUCAAUGCACAAUUUUUCCUGGAUGUGGAGAGAAUAUGUGAGAAUGAGAAUACUGAGGUGAAUUUGUAAGUUUAAUAACCUUGAAAUUAUGUUUUAAGAUUGGAAUUAACCGGCACGAUUCAAUG